AUGGCUGCUUCUUCUUCUUCUUCCACCAAAGUGUCCAUGAAACUUCUUAUCGACACAAAGAAUAACAAAGUUCUCUUUGCUGAAGCUUCAAAACCUGUCAUAGACUUUCUCUUCAGCUUGCUAUGUUUGCCUAUUAGUACUGUGGUAAAGCUCCUAGGUACAAAAGGCAUGGUUGGAAGCUUAGGAAAUCUGUAUGAGAGUGUUGAAAAUCUGAACCAGAAUUACAUGCAACCAUUUCAAACUAAAGAUGUACUCUUAAACCCAAAAGCUCAAAGCUCUUCCACUGUAAUCUCAGGAUUUCUUACCCAGAAUGCUGUCAAUGACAUUAAAACUAAACUAUAUAUGUGUCCAAAUAAAUGUGCUUUUGAGGUUACAUAUGAUAACACAACUCCAUGUUCUACUAACUCUGAUGAGUUUGACUCUGAGGAUGAGUCUGACUCUGAGGAUGAGUCUGACCCUGAGGACGAUUACACUCCAUGCGGGAAGAAAAUGAACCAUGAAGUAGCUUUUGUCAGAAAUAGUAAGGUUGGUAAAAAGAAAGUUUCCACAAAUAUUAAGAAUGGGUUUGUGAAAGAAGUUGUAACUUUUGUGGUGAUGGAUGAUUUGGUGAUUCAGCCAAUGUCAACCAUAUCAAGCAUCAAACUGUUGAACAAGCUCAAUGUGAAAGAAAUUGGUACCUUACAAGAAAAGGUUGUUGAGAUGGGCAUGGAAGAGGGAAUCAAGUUGCUUAAGGCUUCUCUGCAAUCUAAGAUGGUUUUGACAACUGUUUUCAUCAAGAAGGGAUGUUGA